UAGUAGCAUAAUAUUUGUUAUGAUAUGGUAUCAUAAUAUGAUAUUCGAUCCUUUUUUUAUUUAAUUUCGUAACAUCUUAUUAAAAUUGUCUAGUUGGCAUGCAUGAUACUAGCUAUAAUACUAUAUUACGACCAGCCUGAUCAUUCAUCAUCCUGCUAAAAAGGGAACCCGCGUGGACCGUUGACUCACACGUAGAGACUGUUGACUCACGCGUACAGAGAUAAGGAAGAAAUGAGUGUUCGUUCCCGUUCCCGUUCCCCUUCCCAGCCCAGACUCCAGAUCUAAAGCCAGCCAGGGUUUCACGUCUCCGGGGAGGAGCAACCAGUUCGGCUGGCCGAUCUCCUUGGACCUAUCUAUCUCCAGCUGGGGUUUCUUUGUAGAUCAUCAUCAGAUCAGGAGUUAUUGCAGUGAGAGGGAGAGCUCAGUGUAUGCCAGCCGGGUUGCUGGUCGUAUUAACUCGGUUUUUUAUCUCCCAGUGUAGCAGAAAUGGCGGAUCAAGAAGCUGAAUUUGGAGCGCUGGAGCGCAUAAUGGGUGAUGAAAGUGCAGAGCCGACCAGGCUACCAUAUUCACUCAUAAAGUCCAUUACCGGCGAUUUCUCCCGAGAAAUUGGUCGUGGUGGGUUUGGAGUUGUUUACCUGGGAGACCUUCCAAGUGGCAAGGUUGCUGUCAAGAAGCUUUCCAUAUCGCAAGAUUUUUCGGAUCAGUUAUUUCAGGAUGAGGUCCACUGUCUAAUGAGGGUAAAGCACAACAAUAUAGUGAGAUUCCUCGGCUAUUGUUCAGAUACACAAGGGGAACUGAUGGAACACGACGGAAAAAAAGUUAUGGCAGAGGUACGGCAAAGGUUGCUCGUCUUUGACUACGCUCCUAACGGAAGCCUUCAGCUUUAUCUUACAGAGGAAACAAUUGAAUGGACAAGGCGAUAUCAAAUGAUCAAGGGAAUCUGCCAUGGUUUGCAAUAUCUACACAAAGAACGCAUUAAUCAUCUGGACCUCAAACCUGAAAAUGUUCUGCUGGAUGCUUACAUGGAACCCAAAAUUACCGACUUUGGCUUGUCAAGAUGGUUUCAUGAAGGACAGUCCAGAAUUUUCACAAAAAGCACUCCUGGCACAAGGGGAUAUAUUGCACCAGAAAUCAUAGACAAGGGUGAAAUAUCAUUCAAGUCAGACAUAUUCAGUUUCGGCAUUGUAUUCAUAAAGCUGUUAACAGGGAGUGACAACUACGAUUUUGAAAAUUGGCAUAAAUCAAUAGACGUGAAGAGCCCUCAAAUGGAGUGCUGCAUUGAGAUAGCUCGAAAAUGUGUGGACACUGAUCAACACAAAAGACCUUCAAUAGACGAGAUAAUUCAUAAGCUGAAUGAGAUGGGCAGUGCUGAAGAAUCAAGAGAUGACCCAGGGUCUUCAAUACAGCAGGUAAGUGGCGCAUCCACCAUGAAGGAGUUUCCUCCAUCAAUGCCUUGUGUGGACAACCAAGAAGGUGAAAAGGUCAAAAGGGAACUCAAUAAGAUGGAUCCUACGCCACAGGGGCCUGCGGGCCUCAAGAUGCCGCCAGCUCUUCUACAGCCAGUUAUUAUUAAACCAAUGCCGCCACCGUUUGAGGUCAUGCAACCAUCGGCACAACGAAUGGGGGAUCCAUACGACCACAGGGACACAUCCGAUGAUUUGUAUGAUGACUCCGAUGACGACCCCGAAUGUUUCUGCGUGGAUGACCCUAGGAGAGUUUCCCAGCAAUGGAGGCGUCAUAACCGCGGCCUCGUCGACAAGGCCAGGCCAGCAAAUGCUGGAGGCGGCGAUCAAGACAGGAGGACUAACUUAGUCAAGGGAGAAAUAUCUCCAAUCAGCAGGAACCAGCCGAGUCAGGGGAAGAUGGGCAACAUAACCAGCGUCCCAACCAUCGCCAACCAUAGGCCAAUGGCUGGAAAUGGAAUGCUUCCUGAGCAGGUCAUGAUGAGGUAUCCUAACACAAUGGACGUUAGGCCGUGGUCGGUGCCAUUCCCCCUACAGGGUGGUCAUGGAGGUGAGGGCAGCGCGCUGUCCGGACGGGAGGUGCUGCAGGUUGCUGCGGUGGCACAAAACUCCAUUGCGCUGCAGCAGCAGCAGCACAUGGCGUUGAUGCGUCAGCAGCAGCACCACCAGCACCAGCAGCACAUGGCUUUCUAUCUACUGUUGUUUCUGUUCUUGCUUCUGCUUACUAUUAUCGUCAUUGUUAUCGUCAUUCUUACUUUCAAGAAACGGGGGUAGGGCUGGGUAAAUCGUUGCAGAUUAUCUGAACUUGUAUUUUGAUACAGAAAAGGUUGAGAAUAUUUGGAUUUGGUUCAUUCCAUCGGGAACAACAAUUUGUUGAAAUAUAUAAGUUCUACCCCAUUAUGCAGCUGGUGAA